AUGGAACAGCCACAUUCUACGUAUAGGGCGGUGACAGAUCCUCGUGAUGGCCGGCGCGUGGCACUCAAGAAACUGCCUAACGUAUUCCAGUCGCUCGUUUCCUCCAAACGCGUGUUCCGUGAGCUCAAGAUGCUCUGUUUCUUCAAACACGAAAACGUCUUAUCAGCGUUGGACAUUCUACAGCCGCCUAGCCUCGACUUCUUCCAAGAAAUUUACGUGAUCACGGAGCUGUUGCAGAGUGAUCUUCACAAGAUUAUCGUAUCGCCGCAACAUCUAUCAGCCGACCACAUUAAAGUGUUCCUCUACCAAAUACUAAGAGGCUUGAAGUAUUUACACUCGGCUCGCAUUCUCCACCGCGAUAUCAAACCCGGCAAUUUGCUCGUCAACAGUAACUGCGUGCUGAAGAUAUGCGACUUCGGCCUUGCCAGGGUCGAGGAGCCUGACGCGAGCAAGAAUAUGACACAAGAGGUUGUCACGCAAUACUACAGAGCACCUGAGAUCCUGAUGGGCGCGAAUCACUAUACAGCAGCGGUAGACGUCUGGUCGGUGGGCUGCAUAUUCGGCGAACUACUCGGCAGAAGGAUUCUAUUUCAGGCACAAAGUCCCGUGCAACAGUUGGAGCUGAUCACGGAGUUGCUAGGCACGCCUACGCUGGAGGAUAUGCGGCACGCGUGCGCCGGUGCUCGCGCUCACAUGUUGCGACGUGCACCGCGCCCUCCCGCGCUCGCCGCGCUUUAUACGCUGUCCGUGCAGGCCACGCACGAGGCUGUGCACCUACUUGCACAGAUGCUUGUGUUUGACCCAGCGAAGCGUAUCUCAGUCGUGGACGCACUCGCGCACCCGUACUUAGAGGAAGGUCGGCUGCGCUAUCAUUCAUGCAUGUGCAAGUGUUGCUACAGUGCGCCACAGGCCGCUCGCCAUUACUCGCCCGACCUCGAACCUGUUGCCCCGCACGCCUUCCACGACGGCUGGGAGAGGAAGCUCACAUCUGUACACCAGGUCAAAGAGGAGAUUCACAAGUUCAUAGCGGAGCAGCUUCAGACAUCUCGCGUACCGCUGUGCAUCAACCCGCAAUCGGCGGCAUUCAAGAGCUUCGCAAGCUCCACGGUGGCGCACCCGUCCGAGCUGCCCCCCUCGCCGCACCAGUGGGAAUGA